GAUCAAAAGUAGGAACCUCUACCACGCAUCUUUGUUAUAGGAUCAAACCCAACAACGCACUUCGAGAUUAUCGUCAUAUAUCUUCUUCCGUCUUCACAUCUGAGCCAGCCAUGCCGUCUUCUUCUUCUUCACUACUAUAUUGCCCACCAUCCACCCUCCAAUCCCUCUUAGACUCAGCCCGCCCCUUCCUCCGCGGCGAGCUCGAAUCCAUCGACGAGAAUUUACCUUCGCUUGUCGCCGUGUUGCGCUCCGUUGGAGCCGGUGAGUGCUGGCACAAGCACGGCAGCUUCCUUGACCACCUCGUCGAUAUAUACCGCAUCCUCAAGAUUUGGAAAGCACCCGACUCCGUCUGCCUUUGCGGUCUCUUCCACUCCGCCUACUCCAAUUCUUACGUCAACCUCGCCAUAUUCGAUCCCUCUACGGGACGCGACGUCGUUCGCGGCUAUGUUGGGGAGGCUGCCGAGAGGUUAAUCCACUUGUUUUGUAUCGUGCCAAGACAACCUCUCAUUCAUGAUGAUCUGCUGUUCCAUUACUCUGACUCCGAACUCGUCGAACACCUUAAGCUUUCCGAGAUAUCGUUGAGGAAUGCCAAGGAAAAGGGUUUGUUCAAUGAAGAAGAGGAUUGGAGGAAGAAGCUGCAGUCGCUUCUUCCCGCUGAUGGGAUUACUGUGAAGCACAUCAAGACCGGUGAAGAUGUCCCCGUCUCUAGAAGGGUGGUGGCCACUUUCCUUUUGAUGACGAUGGCCGAUUUCAGUGACCAACUUUUUGGCUUUCAAGAUGCGCUAUUUGAUAACUCUGACGGUCGCCUCAGUUUUUCAGGGAACAAUUAUGCGGCUUUGUGGCCAGGCGAUUGCAAGCCCGGGCUAUGGAUGAAUUCUAUUUCGAGGAUGGGAGCACUUUACAGUUUGAUUGUGAGGGAGGAAGAUAUUUUGAUGGAGGGAAAAAGAAGGGCUGGUGAUUAUGAUCAGGAUCAGGAUAGAGAUGAUGAAGAUAUUGAGCUUGUGCUUGUGGUUCCACCCGUUUUUGACAAGUGUACAAGGGUUUUGGAUGCAAGGGAGCAAAUUGUUGCAAGGGACUUGUACUGGGAAGCUGUUUGUGAUAUGUCUGACAGAGGGAUAGAGAGGGCGGAGGAGUUGUUGUUAAGGUGUGUUGAGAAGAACCCUUUUGUUGGGGAACCACAUGUGGUGUUGGGUCAGGUAUACUUGAGCAAAGGGAGGUUUGAGGAGGCUGAGAGUGAGGCUGAGAGAGGGUUGACCCUUAUGCUGGAGUGGGGGAGUCCAUGGGAUAAGAGGACGUCUUGGGAAGGAUGGAUUGCUUGGACCAGAGUUGUGUUGAUGAAGGCAAAGGAGAAGUCAUGGCCACACACUUCUUGGGGCAUUCUCAACUUGGGCCUUGUAAGGUAAUAAUAAUUACUUGGUGAUCAGUACUACUGCAAGCAUGAUCCAUCCAUCGAUCUACUCAAUUAUGGAUUUGCCAAUCAAUAAAUUAAUAAACUUUACUAAGUCCACCCACGUACGGCCUGCAUUCAAAAGCUCAUGACUCAUGAGUCAUGAUCAUCGAGUGCAGUAGGGUUUGCUCUAUAAAUCUAAGUUUAAUUGUCUUUCUAUUUAGGCUGCUGGUGUGCCUUAAUCUAUUGUAAGCCAAAAAAAAAUAUCAGUUAUUUUGAAAUCAAGUCUUAAACUCUUAUGAUACAAAGAGAUCAUCAAUACAUACUUUCUUCAAUUGG